UCCUCCAAUGGGAGGCGCCUCCGCCCGUUAACGGGGCGCCCGUGCGUGGGAGCCAGAGCGGCCGGAGCGGGGCUGGACGGGGCCCGAGUCUGGUCGGAGGUCGUCGGCCAUGUGGAGCUGCGCAGGGCGCCGCCGUCGCCGGCUGCUGGCGGGCCUCUUCGUGCUGCUGCUGACCGCCGUCGCCAUCCGCAGGUUUAACUUGACGAACAUCAUUCCCAUGCGGUUCUGGGGUCGAGUGCUGGGCUUGCAGGCGAAGCACUCACAGUUCCUGCUGGAGGAGAAGCCCUUUCGCAUCCUUGGCGGCUCAAUGCACUACUUCCGCAUCCCCCGGGAAUAUUGGAGGGACCGCUUGGUCAAGAUGAAGGCCUGCGGCCUGAACACCCUCACAACGUACGUCCCGUGGAAUCUUCACGAGGCCGUCAGAGGGAACUUUGAUUUCAGCGGAAACUUGGAUCUGCAGGCUUUUCUUAGGACAGCAGAAGAAGUAGGGCUAUGGGUGAUACUGCGUCCUGGACCAUAUAUAUGCUCAGAGUGGGACCUCGGUGGCCUGCCCAGCUGGUUGCUUCAGGAUCCUGAAAUGCAACUGAGGACAACCUACAAGGGUUUCACCGAGGCUGUCGAUUCUUACUUUGACAACCUAAUACCCCAGGUGGUCCAUCUUCAGUACAAGAACGGAGGGCCAAUUAUAGCCGUGCAGGUGGAGAACGAAUACGGCUCCUAUGCCCAAGACCAGAAUUACAUGGCCUACAUAAAACAGGCCCUAUUGAGCAGGAAGGUGGUGGAGUUAUUGGUGACCUCGGAUAAUAAGGAUGGUUUGAAAGACGGCACCGUAGAAGGAGCUUUGGCCACGAUCAACUUUCAGAAGAUGGAGCCUGGACUCCUGUCCUCCCUCAGCAAACUGCAGCGUGACAAGCCAUUGAUGGUGAUGGAGUACUGGACUGGUUGGUUUGAUAGCUGGGGAGGAACUCACAACGUCUUUGACGCAGAUGAGAUGCUGGAAAGGGUUGAGGAUGUCCUCCGGCAAGGAGCCUCCAUCAAUCUGUACAUGUUCCACGGAGGGACCAAUUUUGGAUUCAUGAACGGCGCUCUGCAUUUUAACGACUACAAGGCCACCAUCACCAGCUACGAUUAUGAUGCUGUGCUGACAGAGGCUGGGGAUUACACCGCCAAGUACUUCAAACUUCGCAAGCUUUUUUCCAGCAUGAUAGAGACUCCUCUCCCUCCGCCUCCGAUAAUUUCGCAUAAAGCGUCCUACGGGGCCAUCCUGAUGCAGCAGUACAUCUCACUGUGGGAACUAUUGUCGGGAAUGGAGAUUGUGAAGUCAGAAUACCCCAUUAACAUGGAGAACCUGCCAAUAAAUAAUGGCAAUGGACAGGCGUAUGGCUACACCCUCUACGAGACCGUCAUCCUUGGUGGAGGGACCCUGAAUUCACAUGAUUACAUCCGGGACCGAGCACAGGUGUUUAUUAAUACUCGAUACAUCGGUCAGCUUGAUUACAAUGUGCAGGAACUCUCCAUUCCUAACCUACAGGGAUAUAGGCAGCUGCAAAUCUUAGUCGAGAACUCCGGGAGAGUCAACUAUGGACUUAAUCUGAACAACCAGCGGAAAGGCUUAAUUGGCGACAUUGUUUUGAACAAAACCUCCUUGAGAAACUUCAAGAUUUACAGCCUUGAAAUGAAACCCAGCUUCAUGGAAAGUCUGCGUGGAACAUCUCCUUGGAGUGCCAUCCCGGACAGCGCGGUGGGCCCCGCCUUCUUCCGAGGGACACUCCAAGUACAGUUUGUGCCCCAGGAUACCUUCCUGAAGCUCGAGGGCUGGGAAAAGGGAGUCGUCUUUGUCAACGGGCAGAACCUCGGUCGCUACUGGAAAAUUGGCCCUCAGGAAACACUCUACCUCCCGGGAACCUGGCUCCAACAGGGAUACAACGAAAUCGUUAUAUUUGAGGAGCGUCUUGGAGGCCGCAUCAUCCAUUCCACGGACCUGGCAUUCUUGGGGAGGGUUCAGUACGUGACCUGAGCUUUCUUCCCGAUUGCCCCACCCUCUACUGGUAGUCCUGGUUAAGGUUCUUAACUGAUGGUGGGAGGUAAGAGAGUCUGGCUGCAGGCCUCCCUCCCUCCCGUUGUGAAAAACCGUGCCCCGAAUCCUUAUAAUUUCUAGUUAUGGGUGGAGUUUGGCCGAGGAAGGCCCGCCCGGUGAGAAGGUUAAGACUACUUGAAAAAAGAAAGAUGCCCAGAUAGUUAGGAACGUUCUCCUAAAAAAAGGGAAACCCAAACUUUACUGCAAGUUCUCGUGACCUGUAGCACUGGACGCUAAGGACCUGUCGAAAAGGAACCGCCGUUCAAGAUCCAAUGAAUUGAAACAGCCGAUCGGCAGCGGUGGGACUUCCUUUAGGUCGGGGCUGGAAAAGGAACAUUUUUCCACAGUCCACAGACCCUCAAAGCUGCCAGUCUCAGGCACCUGAGUUGGUCCUUUAGGCAGGCUGUGAAGGAAUGUUAUUUUUUAAACAGCUUUGCGUUCGUUUGUUCGUUCCCACCCAAAUCUUAAGAGGAAGCAACACUACGUUUCCAGGCGUAUAAAAUGCCAGCCGUCGAUGGCGACUUCCAUGCAAAGCCAGCGGGAAUUGCAUUUCGGUGACAUGUUGAUGGAUUUUGGGGGUGGUUGGGUGGGAAUUUGGCUUCCUCCAAGCUACACAGAGCGCCUGUAACAUCUCAAGCCCCUCGCCACGCGCCCCUCGCAACUCCUCCCAGCUGGACCACAGGUUCUGGAGAUCACCAAUCACAAAGGGUGGGUGGGUGGCAUCGUGAUGUAUCUUCGCACCAAGACUUUCACAUAUACUCACCUGCCGCUAAACUCUCAUAGCGCCCCCUUGAGCCAGGAGGAAGCUCCAACCUAAGUGUAGAGAGACUCCCCCCCCCCGCUCCUCCAGCCGAAAACGGUGAUGUUUCAGAAAAAUAGAGACGCCCGGCAAAAGAUCACACAACACCCCCACCCCACCCCGGGUUGCAAUUUUGUGUAGCGCGCUUCAGCCGUUGUUCACCACAGGCGCCCCUCCCUCAGCAAAAUGGGACUUGGCAACUCUCGAUGUGUCCGCAGCCGUUUUAGCUUUCUGGACUGGAUCUCCUAAAGGGGCAUCCGAAGUCCCAAUCCCCGAACACAGCUCCGCUUUCAGAGAUAAUCCUCGGAUGAUGACGGGUUGCGUCGAGACGUGACCUCGUCUCCUGCCUCCGAGGCAGGGUCUGAAGGAUUGGAGAUUCAGCCUGGACGGAUGCUUUGAGGAGGGCAUUCCUGAAUAAUUAGUCAAAAGAGGAAUUGGAUCUGUUUUUUAAGAGGCAAGGCAACAUGACUACAUUCCCCUAGUGUGACCCCCUCCAGUGCUUUGAGGUACAACCUAUGGCAAACCCAGGUAGCCAGCGCAUGAUGGAUCUUGUAUCCCUAAACUGGUUGGGGAAAAGCCACUUUUAAGCCAUAAACGUCCGAUCUUUAUAUCCUGCUGUCUCUCCCUCCUUCCGUCCUUAACCGAGACCUCAGUUUCCCCGUUGGAGCCAAGUGUUGUAAUAACCGUGGGCACAAUCGGUGUCCAUUGUCGUCCUCUUGCCACCUGCCGUCGUGGCUUGCAGGCCACCCUUCCAAACACGCGACCACAUCCCCAAAUAAAUUUUGGCGCUUGGUUUUCCCGGCUUCCCCCUUUACAGGUGAAGGGAUUGGAGACAGGAGUGCCCAACCUUGGCAACUUCAAGACUCGUGGACUUCAACUCCCAGAAUUGGGGGAUUCUGGGAGUUGAAGUCCACAGGUCUUAAGGUUGCCAAAAUUGGGCAGCCUUUCUCUAGCCAUGGCUAAGCCCAAGUGACGUUUUGGUGUUUUCCGGCUGUUGGAGGCCAUCUUUCAUUCUGUUUAUGAAACCACAGUUACAAUUGAAAACGUAAGAAAAGUACAGCUAUAAAAAAACAGAAGGCAAAAGGGGGUGGGGGGGAAGCAGCACCCCUUCCACCUGUUCGAAGCUCUGCAAUUCACCAGCACCCCGAUGGCAAAGAUUAGGAUGCCUGUGGAACAGAUCCCCGCCUGCCUUCUUCUACCACGUGCUCCUUUGCAAAAAAAAAAAAAAGGGAGGAAAAUUGGGAUGAAUCAUAGCAAUUUUCUCCUUUUUUGGUCUGCGAUUUGCUACCCGCCAGGCAGAGUUACACUUAUAAAAUGGAGAGAGAGACACACACACAGACCAGCAGAAGGAAUGGCGAUCGGAAAGACGUGCUUCACUGAGAAAACCGAAUUUCCUUUUUUUCAAAAAAGAAAAGAAAGAAAGCAUCAUCUCUCGUUUCCCCUUUAAUCAAAAGUUCGGGCAGGUGGUUUUGUUCGGAAAGCCCAUGGAUUAAAUUUCCGUAACGUUUUGAUGUGAAUUUAACUCAAAAUGCUGUUUCCCACCCUCCUGCCCACCGACAGCGACCGAGGUUUUGAAUUUUUUUUUUUUUUUCAUAAAGUUGUAUUAAGGCCUAGUUGGUUUGUUGGUUUGGGAUUUUUUUUCCCCACCCACCCCUGUGACUGGUUUGCUAGAUAUUUGUAAUAAAUUAAGAAAAGAAAG